AUGGCAGACUCGUUUGAGCUCGUCAGCUCGAGCCUACUCGACAAGAUAGACCGGCUUUUCGCAUGCAACGUUGGAGACGCUGUCGCCCUGCCUCAGAUUGUCGUAGUGGGAGACCAAUCGAGUGGGAAAAGCUCCGUUCUGGAAGGCUUGACAGGGCUGCCCUUUCCACGAGACAGUGGACUAUGCACUCGCUUUGCAACGCAGAUCACCUUUCGAAGAUCCCUGGAGCCAAACAUCACCGUGUCGAUAAUACCAGCCAAGAAUAGCAGUCCGGGGGAUAAGGAGAGGUUGCAAGGCUGGCGAAAGUCCGGACUCAAAUCUUUGGACCCACAGACCUUCGCGGACAUCAUGACAGAGGUGCUCAAGGUGAUGGGUGUCGAGUCUGCUGAAGGAGAACCUCGAAAGACUUUCUCAAACGAUGUUCUGCGGCUGGAAAUUGCGGGUCCAGACCAAGAGCAUUUCAGCGUCAUCGAUGUGCCUGGUAUCUUCAAGCGAACUACGCACGGUCUCACCACCAAAGAGGACAUGGCCAUGGUCAAUGAAAUGGUCCACGAUUACAUGUCUAACCCCAGGUCUGUCAUUCUGGCUGUGAUUCCAAGCAACGUGGAUAUCGCAACUCAGGAAAUCCUUGAAAGAGCCGAGGACAUUGAUCCCGACGGCAUCAGAACUUUCGGAAUCCUCACAAAACCUGACCUGGUAGACAAAGGUAGCGAGAGUGCUGUCAUGAACCUAGUCGAAGGCAAAACACACCAGCUACGACUGGGAUGGCACCUGCUUCGGAAUCCUGGACAAGCGGAGCUUAAAUCUACUCUGCGAGGGCGAAAUGAAAGUGAGAUGGAAUUCUUCGACAAGGUACAUCCAUGGAGUACGUUGGACAAGAGCAAGGUGGGGAUAGUCUCUCUCCGCGCUCGGCUCCAGGAAAUUCUAGAAGUCCACAUUCGCCGUGAAUUUCCCAAGGUCAAAGUUGAUAUAACCCAGAAGCUCAAGAAAGCUGAGAGCACCCUGCAAUCUCUAGGCCCGAAGCGACAGAAUCAGAUCGAAUAUAGCCAGUAUCUCAUGGAAUUCGCGCUGGAGUUCCAGAGAACGGUUUCACUGUCCGUGAACUCGGAUUACAGUCGUUCCGAAAUCCUCAGUGCGAACACGAAAUACCGAGUUGCUACCGAGGCAGUGAACCGAGGGCAAGCUUUUGCCAAUGCAAUGGCUUGUUAUGGCCACACUCAUAGCUUCUUGUACGCCGAUGACAAAAAGGACGAUUGCGAAGGGGAAAACCCCGAAAAAGAUACAGUCAAUACUAGGACCAUGGAGGAUCACCCAGAUAUCAUGGACCUGUUACACGAAAACAAGAGUGUACACAUUAAGAGAGAUCAAGAUACCCUGGAAUGGCUCAAGACGGAAUACCGAAGCUCGAGAGGCUUCGAACUGGGCACUUUCGACGCCUCGCUAUUGGCAAUAACUAUGAGGCAGCAGGCUACCAAUUGGCGGGCCCUGGCGCUGGGCUAUAUCAGCGAUAUCAUCUCACUAGUGCAUUCCUUCAUCAUCGGCGUCUGGCAGCAAAUUGCGCCAACGACUCGUGUUUUCGACGGAGUGAAAUCCCGCAUCAUGGACGACAUCUCCCGCAUGUAUGAAGUCGCCAUAUCUCAAACAGAAUUUCUUCUAUCUGUCGAGCUCGAGGGGACGCCAGCGACAUACAAUCACUACUUCAACGAGACGCUGGAGAAAUGUCGCCAGGACCGGCUUCGCAAGCAAUUAAAGAAACACUGCAUGUGGGACGACGAGUACGGUGAAUUUGUGAAACUGGAAGAUCUAAACCAGACGCAGCUACUGAGCAACGAAGACCACACCGUCGUGCAGAUCCACGACAUACUCCGGUCCUACUACAAAGUCGCCCGGAAGCGGUUCGUAGACUGUGUGCGAAUGCAGGUCGCUGACACGCUGCUUGUCACUGGCCAGGACACGCCGUUGACGCUUUUCUCCGCCCAGUUUGUCACUGGUAUGAGCCUUGACACGCUUGAGGAUAUUGCGGGAGAGGAUUUGAUGGUUAAGCGUCGUCGGGAUGGGUUGGAAAAACUCAUUGGUCAGCUCCGGGAGGGAAAGGCCAUUAUUGGGUAG